AGAAGAAAAUGGGCAACAAUCAGUCUGGAGGGCCCGACGCCCGCUAUGGAGGCCCAAACGACAAGGCGGGCCUCCGAAGGCAUCGGAUGAUGAGCGAAACGGCAAAAAUCGCCGGACAAGUACUCCCGAACCCGGAUGGAGGACCGCCGAUGAUUUUUGAUGACGGAAAUGAGGACAAAUCCGGCGAAUGCCCAGUGGUAUUCCGCUGGAGUUUCACACAAAACGCACAGCCACGUGUCGUCCAUAUCGUUGGAUCAUGGGAUAACUGGCAGACGCGGAUCCCGAUGGUAAAGUCGACAAACGACUUUUCGACAAUCAUCGACCUGCAACCCGGACAAUACGAGUACAAAUUCCAAGUGGACGGCUCGUGGGUCGUCGACGAUAAUCAGGGAAAGGCACAGGACGUUCAUGGAAAUGAGAACAAUAUGAUCAAUAUUCAAGACUCGGAUUUUGCAGUUUUCGAAGCGCUGGAUGAAGACUUCCAGUCAUCUACAGCCGGGGAGGUGCUCCGUGGCGAGUCGGAGAGCACCAAGAAUCAUGAUACUCCGAAUGACAGAGAGCUCGAAAAACUGCGCUCCUUCACCCAAGAGAUCCCAUCAAUGGAUAUGCUUCGGAAGGCAGCCGGACCACCAGUAAUUCCACCACAACUCAUGCAGGUGCUUCUCAACAAGGAGACGCCCGAGUCAUGCGAUCCGAAUGUGCUGCCGGAGCCGAAUCAUGUGAUGCUCAACCACAUGUACGCGCUCUCCAUCAAGGACAGCGUUAUGGUGCUCUCAUCGACGCAACGCUAUCGCAAGAAGUUCGUCACCACUCUUCUCUACAAGCCUGUCUAACUGUUUUUCUUGUUUUGUGGGGUUUUUUGUUGAAAAAAAUCGAAAAAAAUGCCCUGACUAAUCAGCGAUUAGCUCCGCCCACUAUUGAACCAAUCAUACUGCGGUACGGUUUUUCCUAUUUUUAAUUCAAAAUUUCUUGAUUUCGCUCGAUUAUAUUCUUUUAAAAAAAGUGUUUUUAACUAUUUUUAAAUAGAAAUCUACCAUUUUUCCCAAAAUAUAGCCUUUUUUGUCUCUAUUUCUGAAAAAAAUUAAGCAAAACGACAUAAACUUAUCGUUUUGCAUCAUCUUUUUUCAGGAAUAAAGACAAAAAUUGUUGUUUUCCGUUGCAAAAUUCGGGGAAAAAAACCGAAAAAAAAUCGAUUAAACACAAAAAGACAGCAAAAACCGCGCCAUGGGGUUGUGAUUGGUUGAAAAGUGGGCGGAGCUAAGCCCUGAUUGGUCGUGCUUCAAAAUUGAAAAAUCUCGAUUUUUUUGGAUUUUUUGUAGAAAAAUCUUGAUUUUUCAAGCUCCCGAGACCAAAGUUCCAAAAUUUUCUCCCACUCUUUAGUUUUUGUAUUAUAGUCGCCUCUUUUUCCCCCAUUAAUUUUCUUUCUGUUCUAUUUCCAAUAGUGUUUUAAGAAACGAAAAACGUCGUAGCCAACUCUUAUUUAAUACGGUCUGCCCCCUUGGAACCCACUUUUACCACACUACCAAUCAGCUGAGUGUAUAUACCAAUUCUCAAUGUUUCCCUGCCCCUUUUCUUCUUCUUCUACUUCCAACAGCUUUAUUUUUCCUAUUUUUCUCGUAUUUUUCUUGGGCUUUCAUGUAGGCGACCUCCGCCUGCCUCCCGCCAAAAAUUCACGUCAAAACGCAGAGAAUAGGCAAAAGUGAGGCGGACAGGUUUCAGGCAGACGUCUGAAACCGCGCCUGCCUACCAUGGAAGCCCUAAUUUUUGAAAUCAGUUUCUUUUAAAAAAUCCACUGUGAAUAAUUUGACAUUCCAAUUUGUUCACCAUCUCCCUCGUUUCUUGUUUUUUUUUCCACUUUCUUUUUUGAUUUUUUUUUAUUUUUUUCGCCUCAAAAAAGAUUCUGUCUCGUAGUUUUCUGUCCCUUUAAUACAUUUUUCAUCGAUUUUUCCC